GGGGGGAAUUCAGGCACGAUCGAACUUACGAGGGUCCAGCGCCGGAGCGUCAGACAUUCAACACAAAAGGCGAAGCGAAGAAUAUAAUCGUCCGGGUUCCUGAGCCGGGUUCUUGUCUGCCUCUUUGUGCAGCACUGCUUGCCCCUUGCUUGCAGGAGGCGAUGAGGAGUUGGGCGAGUCCUUCUUGAAGUUUCCGUCCCUUCUGUUGAUGAGAUGCUGUCAUGAUGGCCGAUGAAGCGGAGAAUGGGGGCUGGAGCAUAAAUGGAGGAGCGCAACAAGCUGAGGAGAUGCAAAGGCCCGAAGAAGAGCCGGUCGCGGUGCCACUCUCUUCCCCCCUUGCUUCCUCCGCCGGGGAGGCUCUUUCCAGCUCCGAGGAGAAGGAGUGCCCGGUCUGCCGCAGCCCCUUCGACCUGGAGCACCACGCGCCCAAGCUGCUCGAGUGCCUGCACACUUUCUGCCUGGAGUGCCUCCGGCAGCUGCACAUGCGCGCCAUCCGCUCGCUGCACAGCGCGGUCAGGGAGGGCAGAGACUGUGCCGACCAGGGGGCCUCCAUCACUUGCCCGCUGUGCAGGAACCGCACGGCCACAUCAGACGAUCUUUUGCACGACCUGCCAGUUAACAGCAAACUGACGCAAACUUUCCCUCCGGAUCGCCUGUUGCCUCCUGCGCCGUGGCAAACACCGGAACCUGUUCGCCAGCGCCCCCUGCUGGAACAGAGCGGCGACAGGGCAACGCGCCCAGAGAGAGCGUGGGCUUCGGUCGUCGCCUGCUGCAACGCCUGGAACUCGACGUGGUUAGUUGGCUUCCUUUUGCUCUCGAUGGUGCUGCUGUCUGUCGUCGUCGGCAUCGUCUUCUCUGCGGUCAAGUGCAAUGGCAGCUUCUGCGAAGGGGCGGUUUUCUUGCCGUUUUUUCUCCUCGUAGUCUUCAUUUGUAUCACGGGCUGUUGUUUGAUUAUGUGCACCUGCACCAAAAGGUGCAAGGGACUUGCGGUAACAGCCGAAAUAAUUGACUCUACUGGGCGGCACCAGGUGCGCUUCCGCCCCGAUACCAGGAGGCUGCAGGCUGCAGGGACCCAAACCCCGUACCAUUUUAUGGGUGAAAAGAUGGGCACUUCCAGCCAUAGCUGGGUGGGGCUUAAGGCAAAGUCUAGCAGCUCAGCUCCGUGGUCUGCUACACAAUUGUGGGAAGAACACGAGCCACACUCGCAUGUAGAAAGUGGGUGGGGUGGGUGUGUUCCAGGCCCGAGCAUGUCACCCGUAGACAGUGGAUGCAAUCCACGCUCAAGUUUUUCACGCAUAGACAGUGUGUUGGGUGGAUGCGAUUUGGACGCAAGUAAGUCACACGUGACUUUUGAGUGGGAUGGGUACAAUUCAGGCUUUAGUUUUUCACACAGAGAUAGUGGACGGAGUGGAUGCAAUUCACGCUUAAGUUUUCCACAUGUGGACACCGUGCUGGGUAGAAGCGAUAUGGGCUCAAGUGAGUCACAUGUAGAUACUGUCUUGGGUAGAUGCAAUCCAGGCUCAGUUGUGUCACCCAUAGGUAGUGGAUGGGAUGAAUGCAAUUCACGCUUAAGUUUUUCACACAGAGAUACUGUGUUGGGUGUGUGUGAUCUGGGCGGAAGUAGGUCACAUGUAGAUAUUGGGUGGCAGGGUUGGGAUUCAGGCUUAGGGUUUUCAGCCACAGAUAGUGAACAGGGUGGAUGCAAUCUGGGCUUCAGUUUUUCACACCUAGAUAGUGGACAGGGUGGGUGUGAUUCAGGCUUCAGUUUUUCACACCUAGAUAGUGGACAGGGUGGGUGUGAUUCAGGCUUCAGUUUUUCACACCUAGAUAGUGGACAGGGUGGGUGUGAUUCAGGCUUCAGUUUUUCACACCUAGAUAGUGGACAGGGUGGGUGUGAUUCAGGCUUUAGUUUUUCACACCUAGAUAGUGGACAGGGUGGAUGUGAUUCAGGCUUCAGUUUUUCACAGGCAGAGCGGGGAUGGAGUGGAUACGAUCUGGGUGGCAGCGAUCCAGGCUCAUGCCAUGAGAACUGAAAAGGUGUUCAGGCCAAUGUCACAUGUUGACAAAAGUAGUGAGGAAAGAUAAAUACAUACAGUAAACAUAUGUGCAGUAUACUGUACUUAUGCAAUUUAAAGGAGUCCCAUUUUACAGCCAAGGAACACUGAGCAAAGUUACAAGAUAAGUCAACUUUGCAACUUGGCAAACUUGCCAAGAUAAGUCAGUGAAUUCAUGGUCAUAAUUCUUAAGCAGAAAAAAAGUGGGGCAAUAAUACCUCAUUGUUAUUAUAUAUGUUUUCACUUCCACCUGAUAGGGCUUCUGUGUAUAAUGAGGUGUAUACAGAAAUGUUAUAGGUGAAGUCUUGUUCUCUGAUGUCUUUUCAGAUCAAGAAUUGAUUCAUUUUUCACAAUUGUGCUCACCAGGAUGUUUCUGACAGAAAACAGGAUUGCUACCAUCAGUGUUUCCACUAAUAGGAAAAGGAAGGCUUUAGUGUCCUUGCUUGCUGCCUUUUUUUCUGACAGGACUCCAGAUUCCUGUCACAACAAGCAAGGUUUGGGUUUUUACAUGGAGAUGCAGUAGUGGUGAAGUCUUUCAGUUUCUUAUGCAGGAUGUUAGGAUGUGAAAGGCAACCACCUUUACCCUAUUUGGAAUAUUGAUGGGAUGGGAAAAUGCCAGUUUCACAAAGUGUUGCUGUUUGAGUUAGGGCUUCGUGCCAGAGUCUAUUUGUGAAGGAAUUAUGAUGAAUGUCCCUCUAAGCAUGUAAAGAGUAUUAUUCUCUGCAUCCUGCAUGGAUUGUGGGAAGAAUAUACAUUAAAAGUUAUGAAGUGGGACUUACACACACACACACACACACACACACACACACACACAGAGGUCUGUGAUAGCUUUUAAACAAUUUCACUUCAAAAUAUUUGUACCAUUUCUUGCUUGCAUAAGCACUUUAAUUUCCUCCACAGAGCUUAAAUCCAUGAGCUACCAAGUAGAGCUGAUUCCCACAAUUCUAUGAGCAUAUCAAAAACUGAAAUGUUGCAUUGGUCAUUGCCUGACCCAUGAAGAAACUAGUAGAUUGUAGGGUUGUGCGUUUUGUCUUUUUUUCUGUUUUGUUUUUGGCUCGAAUCUGAAAUACCCCCGUUUUGUUCUUUGUUCGAAACCAGCCAAUUCGAAACACCCCAAUUUUGUUCUUUGUUCGAAAUUGCAAAAUCUGAAUCCGAAACCUUUUGUAUUCUUAAAAAUGGCCCCAGGGAAAAACUAGUGUGUGAGGGUGGUAGUGCCCAAUGGGUGGAAACUUCCACCCAAAUUUCAGAGGAAUUGGGCAAAGGGCUGGGUUUUGGUGAAUUUUUGAAGUAUAGGAUUUUUCCCUUAGGGAAGAAUUGAGGUUUUAGCAAAAGUAUAGCUUUCUGUUGGGGGGAAAGGGGUGGCCUAGAGCAGAGUAGGGUGGGUGGCAGUGCCCAGUAGGGGCAAGGAAGCUGCCAGAAUUAUUUCAAAGGAAUUGGGCAGAAGGCUGAUUUUAAAAGAUGUAAUGGAGUUUGUGUGUCUGUAAAGUUCUUCCCCAUAGGGAAUGAUGGACCUCCAUAAUUCCUGCCCCAUAACUGCACUUGGGGGGGCACCAGGGUGGCCCAGAGUGAGUG